GUUUAUUAAAUAUUUAUGCAUAGUAAUACUAUAAUUUCACUUAAUAAUAGAAUUUACUUUAUUUUUACCAUUGUUGUUCAUAUAAUUACCAUUUUUACUUUUUUAGAUGAACAAGAUUAUCUUUGUUAUUCUUCAAGCUGCUUUUCAGAUAGCAGGCAGCACUUUACUGAGGUUUAUCAAGCCAAAUGUUGUGGCUUUGGAAGUAUCAGAUCUGUCCAGCUUUGAGGUAUUGCUGCAUUGUGGAGAGCAAUAUAAAGAAGGAGAAAUUUUUUGGGAGAGGAAUGGGGAAAGCAUCGCUGAGACAGGGAACCUCAUCACUGUUACAGUAGAUGGGCUGCAUGGGGGAAACUUCACGUGUUACAGACCAAACAGAGAUCUUUUGAAUUACACACUACUAGUGGUCCAUCCUGUUGAGUUUCCUAAAGGAGGGAUUCUUAUCCAAUCUAGUGACAGAGAAUUCAUUUCCUGCACCACGAGAAACUAUAAUGGACAAUUUCAUUGCUCUUGGAAAUGGCAUCAGGAAAGAAUCCAAAGAGCUGUGGUAUAUUUCACAGCAACCCGAAACUCUAGUCCCAUCAACUGCACUCUGGACUCGGAUAUAUCUGGGCUGACUUGUAUUGACAAGGAUUACUGUAAGUACUCCGAGGAGUCUAGAAGCAUCAACCUCACACUGUUUGUCCGAAAUCUGUAUAGGCUGGAGGAGCACCACAGGACUUUCCUAAUCCGAGACAUUGUUAAGCCAGAUAAAGUUAGUAUCACCAAGAUCCAAGAUGAUGCAUUUGAGUGGUACCCCCCUGAAACAUGGAGUUUCCCCUGCAGUUUCUUUCCCCUCUCCUAUGAAGUGAAAGUGGUUUCAAACAAUCACAGCUGUGACUACACAGGAAGUCGCGUUGAAAAAAAUGAAACCAACAAGACACAGUACAAGGUGAAAUUCAAAAAACCAUAUACCUUCUGCGUCCGAGCACAGGACCCACUAACUAAAAAAGUGUGGGGUGACUGGAGUCACCAUCAUCAAAAACAUAGGCACACCUAAAAGGUCUAAAGGAAAAACAUAUAUCUGCUUGACAAUCUGCUUUUUUAAUCCUGACAAAAUAUUACAAAUAUUCAUAUUUAUACAUAUUUUAUAUAAUUAAAAUAUGCCAAUGGUGAAAUUUAUUUGUGCAAUAAUUUUCUAAACCAUUAACACUAUAUUGGAUUGCAUCUGACAAUGCCUUAAUGAGAGAAAGAGAAAGUAGGUGUAAUAAAGGCCAAAUUCCAGUAAAAUAUCUUCAAAAUCAUAUAUGAUGUCUGUUUAUUAAGAGGCCAACAAUAGCCAAUGUGACAGAAAGUAGAUUUAAUCUAUGUGUGUAUGUGUUGGGGUGUAUUGAUAGACUUUGUAUGAUGUCUGUGUAUCAUUUUAUGGACUGAGCAUGUCUGUGUGUCUUAAGUAUAAUAAUAAUAAUAAUAAUAAUAAGUAAUAAUUUAAAAUUAGGAAUAACAACAUGAAUCACAAAAUUGAAUUAAUAUCUCUGUUCUCCUGGUCAACACAAUUUCUCAAUAGUUGAAUGGUUGAGCUUCAGAAAAUGAUUAAUAAAAUGUCUUUGACAGUUAAAGAUAAAUACAAAAAACUGGAAAUAAAUAACCAUAUAUAUAGUAUGUAAAAGUGUUAGGCAGGUGUGAAAAAAAGGUGUGUAAACAAAGAAUGCUUUCAGAAAUAUAAAUAAUUUAAUUACAUUUAUUUUUGUCAAUUUACAAAAUGUAAAGUGAACGAACAAAAGAAAAAAUUAAAUCAAUAUUUGUUGUUACUACAUUUUGUCUUCAAACCAGCAUCAAUUCUUAUUGGUACACAUUCGCACAAAGUCAGGGAUUUUUGUAGGAUUAUUGUCUGGUGUAUGAUCAACCAAUUAUACCAAACAAGUGCUAAUGAUCAUCAAUGUCACACUUUUAUGUUGAAACUGAGUCAUGAACUGAAACAGAAACAGCUGUGUAGUACGCUUAAAACUGGAUGAGGAACAGCUAAACUACAGCUGCCAAGUUGAGGAUGGAAAAGACAGUUUCAUGUCAUGGCAAGAUUGAGCACAGCAACAAGACAAAAGGUAUUUACACUGCAUCAACAAGGUCUCUCCCAGACAAAGAUUUUAAAGCAGACUGUAGUUUCAAGAUGUGCUGUUCAAGCUCUUUUGAAGAAGCACAAAGAAACGGGCAAUGCUGAGGAUCGUAGAUGCAGUGGUGAUCUUAGUGCAGCGGAUAAAAGACACAUCAGGCUCAUAACCCUUCGAAAUCGGAAGAUGUCCAGCAGUGCCAUCAGCUCAGAACUGGUAGAAACCAGUGGUCCGGAGAUGUCUGGCCAGAAGUGGUCUUCAUGGAAGAGCCGCAGCCAAAAAGCCAUACCUCUGAUGUGGGAACAAAACCAAGCGACUAAAGUAUGCACAAAAACAUAGGAACUGGGAUGCAUAAAAAUGGCAUCAGGUGCUCUGGACUUUGAUAAGUCAAAAUUUUAAAUAUUUGGCUGUAGCCGAAGGGCUACAGCGGUACAAUAAUGAGGCAACAGUGAAGCAUGGUGGAGGUUCCUUGAACGUUUUGGGCUGCAUUUCUACAAAUGUAUUUGGAAAUUUGGUCAGAAUUGUGUUCUCAAUGCUGAGAAAUGCAGGCAGAUACUUAUUUAUCAUGCAGUACCAUCAGGGAGGUGUAUGAUUGGCCUCAAAUUUAUUCUGCAGGAGUAAAACAACCCCAAACAUACAGCCAAAGUCAUUAAGAACUAUCUUAAGUGUAAAGAAGUACUGGAAGUGAUGGAAUGGCCCCCACAGAUCCCUGAUCUCAACAUCAUCGAGUGUGUCUGGGAUUACAUGAAGAGACAGAAGAAUGUGAGAAAGCCUACAACCACAGAAGAUCUGUGUUUAAUUCUCCAAGAUGUUUGGAACAACAUACCAGCCAAGUUCCUUCAAAAACUGUGUGCAAAAGUACCUAGAAGAAUUGCUUGUGCUUUUAUUUGGAUUUAUCUUUUGUUUAUUCACUGCACUUUGUUAAUUUAUGAAAAUAAAUGUUUAACACUUCCAUUUUCAAAAGCA